CCCGGUCCUUGUGCAUGGUUUCUGACAUUCCAAACACAAGCUCACUAUGACGGCCGAAGUUCAUAUUGGAACCUGGAGGCCCCACAGACCACGGGGGCCAAUUGCAGCUCUGUACAGCAGCCCAGGACCUAAAUACGCACUGCCAGGGAACACAGGUUACAUAGAGCAUGAUGCUAGUAAAUACAGAGCACCUGCAUACAGCUUCGGUAGUCGCCGUUUCAUGUUUGUUGAUGACUGCUCCCCAGGACCAGGGUAUCUGGUGCCAGCUAAUAUGACCAUGAGAGGCAAAGAUGGCACUCCAGCAUAUUCACUCUAUGGAAGACCCAGGGAUCUAAAUACUUUCAAAACUCCAGGACCAGGUACUUACUAUCCAGAGCAUACUGGGAAAACUGCUUAUCACUCAGCUCCAAUAUAUUCACUAGGGGCAAGAACAAAGACAUUUAGCAAUGACCAAACACCAGGUCCAGCAGCAUAUUUGCUUCCAUCUGUGCUUGGGCCAAAAAUUGUUAGCAGAUCGUCAGCACCGAACUACUCUAUGACUGGACGAAGCAAGAUCGGAAGCUUCCAUGAAGAUCUGCAAAAAACGCCAGGACCUGGAACCUACCGCGUUGUUGAUCCAUCAUCAUAUAAAUAUAAACCUCCCCAGUACAGUAUGACCGCCAGAAAUUCCCUGCCUGGAGACACCACACAGAAACCAGGUCCAGGAGCCUAUAGCCCAGAAAGGGUGGUUGUGUCUCGACCUCAAGCCCCCCAGUUUUCUUUUGGAAUCAGACACUCCGAUUACGUUGCUCCAUUGAUUGUGGAUGUAGUAGACUAAGCAGGAAAGACUACUGUAUCAGCACUGACCCACCUUCAGAAAAUGUCAGAGAAAGAACUAAAAAAGGAUAUAUGACUGUGUGUGUAAUUCUCCACACUGUAGGGAUACUAUAAUGUACAUCCUGUUGUAGUAGCCCUGCAAUACAGUACAAUGCAACAACUAGAUUUGCACAGUGGUGUGGUCUUCUGGAAGGUCAUAUGAUAAGUUUAAUUAUGUCUCAGUCUUUAAAUUAAUUUACAGUAUAUGGAGUCCACAUUUCACACUACACUUACAAGAUUCGCUAA